AUGCGUUCUCACUUCCCUAGUUCAGAAGAUAACAUACUGGUCUACCGGUAUCCUUUCACCAAGACCUUGGAUACUCAGGAUGCCCCUCCGAAUCUGCAACACCCUUCGAUUUCAUACCUGCACGAACGGGCUCGUGGGUCCCUUGUGACCCUUCUUGCUGUUCACAGUGCUGCGGAUGCCUUGGAGUCCAUCUCUUUGUUCGACUUCCCCGUCGCCUUACGUGGGCCUUUCGACCCAGGUUAUCACGGCUGGGACUUCUCGCGCAUCUUCGCUGAUGCCCCUGUUCAUUACGACCGCUACUGUGAUGGCCAGGCGUAUGCAAGGUGGGGCAUCGACCGCACCAGAGGGGCUGUAAUCAUCGUCAGACCCGAUAUGCAUGUGGGAUGGACCCAAUGGCAUCUCCAAGAGUUCGAUCAACAGAGAUGCAAGAAGGGUCUCUGUCUCUCCAUUUACAGUGUCCGCAGCUCUCGGAGAAGGGGAAAUGUGAUUACUGAUAGACUGCUAGGGAAUGUGGAAGGCUGGGAGAAGGGAUUCACGCCUAAGCCAGUAGAGCGAGGCGUUACGACGCAUGUGUAUGCCUCAUUUGAUGCUUCGCUUAAAGCCAACAACAGCGCCCCAGGAACCCAGCUAACUACACUGUACAUCUCACACACCAACACAGUAGGUUCCGACAUGUUGUAUAAUGUGACUCUGGGCACGGGUCCUGCCACCACCACCGUCACCUAUAAAAACAGCCUUGACUCCUUUACUGCAUGGUCCGAAGAUAGUGAAAUGGACCGUGUCAUCGGUUCCUCCAAUGAGGCCAAGGUAAUCGCAUCCGGGGCUGCGGGUGGCGAUGAUGAGGAUAAUAAGGGUGGUCAGUCGCCGCAUACGAUAGGAAACGAUACCAGCUCUCUUUUCUGGGAUUCCGAGACUAACUUCCUUGGAUGUCCCACUGCCAUGGUCCUUGUCUCCCGGUGGGAGCAAUUCCUCGAGCGCAUGAAAGGGUUCGCGCGGAAAACUCUCCUCAGCGCGCGCGAACGCGGCCGUGACGGGGAAGCCAUCCUAAACCAGCUCGAAUGGAAUGUGCAACAGAACCCUGCGCUAGACAAUUGCUCCAAGGAGGAAAUUUGGCGACGCCAUCGGGACCUCAUGAGCUCUCUGUAUGGGGAGUACCACCCGGGAGAUGUCCAACAUGGAUACCCGAUUAUGGUGGAUCGGGAAGCGCUGGAUUCGGUUCUGGAGGGGACGGCGCCGAGUGAAUGGAGGGCUGCUGAUUUCCGCGCCUCCACUGCGCAUGUGAUUGUGCUGAAUAUGAACUGGUUUGAUCAGAUGGAAGAAAAGAGGCUUCGUCGAGAGGAGAGAAGGCGGCUCCAUGGGGAUGGUCAUGGUGAGGCAGAAGAUGAGGGAGAUGAUGGACUUGAUAAGACUGUUGGGUGGAAGAAAGUCUUGGUGGUGAAGGUGUAUCCCAGACUCUAUUCGUUUCUCUUGACUCCGUUGUGGCAUAUCAUGUAUGCUGAACCCCCUGAGAUUGAGCGUUUGCCUUGA